AUGCUAAUUACAAAUUUCAAUGAAAAAUUUUCUCAAUUUGAUGAUCUUAAACCGUCUAUUGAUUUAUUUUUUGAUCCAAUUAAUAUUAAUAUCAACUCCAUUGAUCUUAAAUAUCAAAUAGAAUUAUGCGACCUGCAGGCAGACCCAUUCUUUACAUCUCAUGGAGUAACUGGAAUAGAAAUAUUCAAAUAUUUAGAUAAAGAGAAAUAUCCAAAAUUGAGAGAUUUUGGACUUCAAAUUGUAUCAAUGUUUGGAAGUACAUAUAUCUGCGAGCAUGCAUACUCCGAUAUGAAAUAUAUAAAGUCAAAAUAUAGAAACAGUUUGAAAGAUUCCACUCUUGAAGAUAUAAUUAGACUUGCCACAACAAAUAUUGAUGUGGACAUAAAAGAUAUUGUUGCUAAACAAUUACGGCCACAAUGUUCUCAUUAA